UAUAAAAGGAAGCUCAUCGUCUUUACAAAAGUUUCUCAAAUUUCCAUUUUCCCCUUUUCGAAAUCUCUCUCUGUUUCUUCUUCCAACUUUCUUCUCCAGCUUCCUUCUUCCUCGAUUCUCUCAACAACCCCUAUGUCUGAUUCCAUUUUUCUGUAGACAGAGAAAAAAAAAAAAAAAAAACCCAAAAGUAACAAACCACCAUUCAUUCAACUUCAUCGAGAAACUCAAUUCAAAGUUCAACUUCUGAUCACAUUCACCAUGUUCCACACAGAGCUUUUACUCUGUUUUCUCCCUUCUAUUUUAGCUCUCUUCCUCUUCCUCAUUCUCCUCAAACGAAAGAGAAAUGCCGUCCAUCUUGAUCUCCCCCCCGGCAGCAUGGGUUGGCCGUUUCUCGGCGAGACCAUCGGUUAUCUCCGGCCCUAUUCCGCUACCACCAUCGGAGCUUUCAUGGAGAAUCACAUCAGGAGAUAUGGUAAAGUGUAUAAGUCGAACUUGUUCGGAGAGCCAACGGUGGUGUCGGCCGAUGCCGGACUGAAUCGAUAUAUUCUGCAAAACGAAGGGCGGUUGUUUGAAUGUAGCUACCCGCGGAGUAUCGGUGGGAUCCUAGGGAAAUGGUCGAUGCUGGUUACCGUCGGCGACAUGCACCGGGACAUGAGAAUGAUAUCCUUGAAUUUUCUCAGUCAGAGUAGGCUUAAGAAUAAUCUGUUGAAGGAAGUUGAGAACCAGACGCUUCUUGUUCUUCGUUCUUGGAAAGAUUCUUCCACGUUUUUGGCGCAGGACGAAGCCAAAAAGUUCACUUUCAAUUUAAUGGCGAAACAUAUCAUGAGUUUGGAUCCAUGGAAGUUGGAGACGGAGAUGUUGAAGAAGGAGUAUGUGACUUUCAUGAAAGGAGUGAUUUCUCCGCCGCUGAAUCUUCCCGGAACGCCGUACAGACGAGCUCUUAAGUCUCGGUCGACGAUCUUGAAGUUCAUCGAACGGAAAAUGGAGGAGCGGAAGUUGAAAAUAGAAGCCGACGGCGGUGAGUUCGAGGAUGAUGAUCUACUCGGUUGGGCAUUGAAGCACUCAAAUCUCUCAACGGAGCAAAUUCUCGACCUAAUUCUUAGUUUGCUGUUCGCCGGCCACGAAACUUCUUCAGUCGCCAUAGCUUUAGCCAUCUUCUUCCUCUCCGGCAGUCCAGCUGCCGUUCAACAGUUGACGGAAGAACACCUGGAAAUCACCAGAGGCAAAAAGCGAUUGGGAAAAACAGAAUUGGAUUGGGAAGAUUACAAGAAAAUGGAAUUCACGCAAAGUGUGAUUAACGAAACGCUUCGUCUUGGAAACGUCGUGAGAUUUCUUCAUAGAAAGGCCCUGAAGGAUGUACGGUACAGAGGUUAUUUCAUUCCACGUGGAUGGAAAGUGCUUCCUGUGAUUUCUUCAGCUCAUUUGGAUCCUCUAGUUUUUGACCAUCCUCAUCACUUCAAUCCAUGGAGAUGGCAGCAAAUGAAUGGUUCAUCAUUGGGUAUCCCGAGCACAACAAUAACCAAUAAUUUCAUGCCAUUUGGCGGAGGACCGCGAUUAUGCACUGGCUCAGAACUAGCAAAGCUUGAAAUGGCCAUUUUUAUCCAUCAUUUGGUUUUGAACUACCAAUGGGAAUUGGUAGGUUCAGAUCAAGCUUUUGCUUAUCCUUUUGUUGAUUUCCCUAAAGGUCUACCAAUCAGAGUCCGCCAUCGCACACUCAUGUAACUCUCUUGACUCCCUCGAUUCUACCCUCCAGAUUUUAGAGGUUGAAAAAAAAAAUCAUUAAAACAUGGUUAGUAAUAUUCUUUAUUUACUAGGAAUCAUUCCAUAAGCUCUACUACAUUGUUAAAUGUAUAUUAAACAAGUCAUUCGGUAAUUAUUGAAAUAUAUAAGAUGGUUUUUGUUCUGUUGUAAAACCUUCGUCGUAUUUCGUUCCAUAUAGCUUCUAUUGAAACGUUGCAUUUAUUGUGAGCC